AUGGCAGCGAAAUACGCCUUCUCAAAGUCCAUCAAGGAGCUGCGCUUCCUACACUGCCAGACCAGCGAGCACUCCAAUGCCGUCCGCUCAUUCCUCACACGCGCCUACCCGACAAUGAAGAAGAACAACCCAUAUACGCCCAUCAUGAUCCGAGAAGCCAUGAACACCGAGCCGAGAGUCUACGCCCGCUACGAGUUUGGCGUGGAGAAGGUUGCUGAUUUGAAGGGACUGGACGACAAGGCGAUAGAGGCAAAAGUCACAGGUCUGGUGCAGGAAGGACAAUAG